GGGUUAGGAACUGAACGGCCCCUCUUGUAUUUUUAUUUUCUUGAGCUGCUCUUUUGCAAAAAUAAUCAUUUGCCUUUUUUUUUUUCCUUCCCUAAUUUCGAUAAGAUUUUCUGCUUCGCUUUUCUAACUUGAAAUACACGUUAUUAUAGACGCCUGUAUUUUUGCGACCUUGAGAAAGCCCUGAUUGUUAGCCUCACCCCACCUAUAUAAAUCCUCCCUCUUCUUCUUCAACUUUCAGCCAAGUUCAAGAUUUCAUAAAAAUGGUGGAGGCCGGUGGGGUAGUGGUGGUGAUAAGAGAAUUUGAUGCUCAAAAAGACUGUAGAGCAGUGGAAAAGGUGGAGAGAAAGUGUGAGGUUGGUCCCAGUGGAAAACUCUCGCUCUUCACUGAUCUCUUGGGUGACCCCAUUUGCAGGGUCCGCCAUUCCCCUGCUUAUCUCAUGCUGGUGGCGGAGAUGGUGGUGAGCCACGGCGACGCAGUGGUGGAGGAAAGGAGAGAAAUUGUUGGGAUGAUAAGGGGUUGCAUCAAAACCGUAACGUGUGGGAAAAAACUCUCUAGAAAUAGCAAAAGCUUCCUCAUGAAACCCCCUCAACCUCUCCCUGUCUACACCAAACUUGCCUAUAUUUUAGGCCUCCGCGUCUCUCCUUCCCAUCGAAGAAUGGGAAUUGGAUUGAAACUGGUCAAAAGAAUGGAGGAAUGGUUUGGAGAAAAUGGAGCUGAAUAUUCUUAUAUAGCCACGGAAAAUGAUAAUGAAGCAUCUGUUAAGUUGUUCACACAGAAAUGUGGUUAUUCCAAGUUCCGUACGCCGGCGAUUUUGGUUCAGCCGGUGUUCGCUCACCGAGUUAGGCUCGACAACAAAAUAACCAUCAUUAAACUCAACCCCUCCGAAGCGGAGGCACUUUACCGGCACCGGUUUUCUUCGACGGAAUUCUUCCCCCGUGACAUUGACUCUGUUUUGAACAAUAAGCUCAAUCUGGGUACUUUUCUUGCGUUGCCGAAGGGGACCUAUGACGCCGGGUCAUGGCGGGGUUUGGACGAGUUUCUGGCGAGUCCGACAGAGUCGUGGGCCGUGCUCAGUGUGUGGAACAGCAAGGAUGUGUUCAAACUCGAGGUAAGAGGCGCGUCGCGCGUGAAGAAAGUGUUUUAUAAAACAACUCGGGUCGUGGAUCGGGCCUUACCAUGGCUUCAACUCCCGUCGGUGCCCGAAGUUUUCAGGCCUUUUGGGCUUCAUUUCUUGUACGGACUCGGUGGGGAUGGCCCAAAUGCGGUGAAGUUCAUUAAAACCCUAUGUGGAUUCGCCCAUAACCUGGCUAAAGAGCGUGGGUGCGGAGUUGUGGCAACAGAGGUUGCAAGUCGCGAACCGCUCAGGUUAGGUGUACCCCACUGGAAGAGGCUAUCAUGCGCUGAGGAUUUAUGGUGCAUUAAACGGUUAGGGGAAGACUAUAGCGAUGGAUCUAUCGGUGAUUGGACCAAGUCACAACCUGGUCUGUCCAUUUUUGUUGAUCCUAGGGAAUUCUAACCAAGAAUCUAGUUUAGAAAAAGCAGCUUUUUUGUUUUAACUUUUUUAUUUAACUUAUGUCAGUUUUAGCUUAUUCUUGGAGAAUAUCAGGAGGGGGAUUAGUAGUGGGGCAAAAAAUAGGAGGACUGAGAAGAUUUGGAUCAUCUUUUGUUGUUUAGUUGUUAUUGUUGUAAAGGGAAUAUCCCUCUCCUCUGCUUUUUGUAAAUGUAAGUGGCUUUUUAGAUCCUCUUAGAGCCAAACAAACCCCUAAUGUAUUAUUUUUUUAA